CUUUCCAUGUUUUCCCUAAGCACAAGUCUCACUCUUUGAGUCGCAGUAAGUUCAGUGUGUAUGAGUAAGAGACACGCUGAAGGCGCUUUCAUAGCGUUAUAUAUGUAUAUAUAUUUAUAUAUAUAUAUAUAGAAAUAAAAAAAUCAGGGAUUUUUUGAAAGUCAUGGCGGGACGAGGUUCGAGCUGGAUUUCGUUUCUUCUCGGUGGACUUUCGUGACGGUCGCCGUUGGGAAUUCGGGAAUAACAAUAUAUAGAAAAUAUAUAUAUUUAUUUAAAAAAAAAAGGAAGAAGAAAAGAAAAGUAAAGAAGAGCAUGCCUUUUUACGAGAGGACGGUGGAGCCGAGGCGGUUGUGCCGGCUGACGGUGGAGAAGGACGGCUCGGCGCUGUUCGCGUCCCUGGAUGAGGUGAGCUCGCGGGCGCACUCGCUGAUCCUGCGGCAGCUCAGUGAUGUUUCCCGCCACGCGUGCGACAUCUUCCGCGGUGUGGAGCUCCAGGCUGCGCUCGUCUUCCAACGCAGCUCCCGCAUCCAGCAGCGCCUGGACUGCUUACACACCGCCGUGUCCCAGCUCAACCCCAAGCACGUUCAGAUCCCUGUGUCAAAUCUGGACGAGGAGAGUAAGUGGACAGUUCACUACACGGCACCGUGGCACCAGCAAGAGAAUGUGUUCCUGCCUGCAUCCAGACCAGCCUGUGUGGAAGAACUGCACCGACAAGCUAAAGUCAACCUCAAAACAGCACUCAGAGAUUGUGAUAAGCUGAGGAAAGAUGGCUUCCGCAGUUCACAGUACUACUCCCAGGGCCCCAUCUUCUCGGCCUCAGCCUACUCUCGUAGCAGCCAAGUGGAGGACGAGGAUGAUGUUGAUAAUAAGUCGAAUGCCUCUUCUGCAGAAGAGGACAAGAGCUCCAGUGCAAUGAGGGCACACGCUGCACUAAAAGCCGAGGGGGCUGCGAUGGACGGUCAGGAGUCCGGCUUCGCACCCUUACCGACUCCUGAGGAAAAGAUGAGACAACAAGCUCAGGCCAUUCUGACUGACAUCAUCCCCAUCAAUGUCACAGGGGAGACUUUUGACCGUCAGGCCAGCGUCCGUCGCUCCCUAAUAAACACAGACACUCUGGCCCGUCGGCCCAAGAAGGUCAAACGGAGAAAAACUAUAUCAGGUGUGCCUGACAACUUUCAGCAGGAACUAGGUAUGGUAAAGGACGAGGGGGAGCUCCGACCACAAUCUAUGUUUAUUCCUGGACCGUUUUCAACACUAGAACGUUCAGGCAGUAUGAGUUCUACUCUCAGGCGCUCUGAAGUGAGGGAUUCUGGCUGCCAGACAGAGGAUGUAAAAAUUGUUCAACCAUCUGUGAGGAGAAUCCGAGCUCAGAGAGGCCAAGGAAUUGCUGCUCAGAUGUCUGGCAUGUCAACAUCCGCAAACAAUAUAUCCAAUGUUCUAAACGAUCAUUCCUCUGGAUCUCCUGUGCAUGUGAUGGCUCCUCGAUUUAGUGGCGAUCCCCAGCGCUUCCACAGCUUGCCACGGGGUGCUCGGGUUUCUUUGAACGCAGAGCUACUGAACACUAGUACUUUAUAUAGGACAGAGGAUGGUGCUGUUCAAGCACUUCGGCAGAUUGGAAAGCUCCAAGUCGAUGAGUCUGCUGUUCACAUGAGGAAUGCCCCUAAGACUAGCACAUUAACCCGACCAAAAUCCCAGGAUGUGAGGGGAUCAUAUGGAGACUGGGGAAAUGCCAGUGUGGUUUCUCCUCGUGCGGCAUAUUCAACAUCACUCAUCCCCAAUGCAACAUUGUCAUGUUCGGCUGAGGUGAUUGCCCUUCAAUCUACAUCUAGCACAGGGCAACAACUGCAUGCAAGACCUCUCAGGAUAUCCUCAAGUGUCAAUGGUGAAAGCUUAACCAGUGUGGCCACCAGUGCUGAGACAGGAGACACAGACAUGCAGGAAGCUGGUCAGUCAGAUAGCAGCUUGAACAGCCACAGUACAAUUGCUGCAGGAACAGCAGAUCAGCAGUGGAUUUAUGACACCCCUGAGAAUGUGUUGCCUAGAAGACCACUCACCUCCAGCUGCUCCACUCCUAUCAAUCAUCUCUACAACAGCCUGGAGCGCUCCUCUAAAGGUACAGACUCUAGUUCACUAUACUCCAUGGACAAUGAUGGUUAUUACACCUCCAUGCAUUUGGACUCGGGUCUAAGACCAAAAGGACAAAACUUCGCAGGCAGGGCAGCACGGCAUAGCAUGUAUGAGUGCAUAGGCCAGCCAGGUGACCGUAGCAGCAUAUACAGUGAUCAGUCACUAUCCCGUUCUAUUUCCCUCCGCAAGUCUAAGAAGCCACCUCUACCACCAGCACGUACAGACUCACUACAGCGUAAACCUAAAAAAAAUAAUGUUGUUAACACUACCAAUGGAUCGGUUCUUAACGAGUCACUGAUUGCUACACUUCAGCAAUCCCUUCAGAAUGGGUUGAAAGGGAAAGGUUCUUUGAACUCACCAUCUCAAAGCCCUUGCAGUGACUAUGAAGACCCCUGGAUGUUGCGGCCUAGGAGCCAGAGUAGCUUAAGUGCAGGCAGUAGCAGUGUCUCAGGUGCAGGAGUGGCUAAUGUUUACUCCAUCUGUCAUGUCACACCGUCACACAGUGACACAAGCAGCCUGCGUUCUGACUACGCAGAGUCCUGGGGCUAUUACAUGGAUUACCCUCGUCUGCAUAGUGAUCAGGCACAGUCACCAGCACAUACUAACUCAGUGUCUAAUGGAGCACAGUCAGCUAGCAUGACAAUUGGACAGGAUGUCCAUAAUGAUAUGCAGACAUCCCUUCCCCCUGCAGGGAAUAUUUCAGCAAAGCCUCAGGUAAACACAUCUUCACCAGAUAGGGUACAUCGGUUAACCUCCCCUUCAAGUGGAUAUUCAAGUCAAUCUAACACCCCAACAGCCGGUACUCCUGUUCCGUCUUUUAUGAGGUCGAUGUCACCUUCUGGGUGUAAGCCCAAGCCACGUGUGCCUGAAAGGAAGUCAUCUUUGCUCUCCUCUAUGUCCAUCUCCUCCUCUUCAACAUCAUUAUCCUCUAACACUUCAGAUUCUGUCAGGAACAACAUCCCCCCUCCACCUCCACCACUGCCUCAAACAUCCAUGUCCCUUUCACCACUCACCCCUGAACUUUUCCCUCCACCUCCAAGUCAAACCUUUCCUCCUCCACCUGCUCCUCCUUUACCCAGCACCCCACAGCAUGAAAUAUCCCUGAGCCCCCUCUCUUUAAAUUCCUCUCCAGAAUUUCCCCCUCCUCCUCCUCCAGAGGUGUUGAAUGACCACAGCAUGUUACAUAAUCAAUCCUUUACUUCUACACAUCACCUGCCACUGCCUCCACCACCUCCCAUGUUUCCUUCCACUGUAAAUGCUCAUAUUCCUCCACCACCCCCAUCCUUGCCCACCUUGACUCCAAUUAUACCAUCAUCUGCAAGCCUGAAAGGAAUUAAAGAUAGACUUAAACCAGUGAACUCUGAGAGAAAGUCACUUUCUGUUCACUCUGAAGUGGUUGGCAAGUCGGCCAUGCCACUAAUAACACCUUUUGCCCUCCAAAGUGUGCAGCUUCGGUCAGUCAAACAACCAGAGAAUAGUGAGGACAGCAGCAAAUCUCCAGAGGUGGAAACCGAACAGAUUUCUACUAAGGCGAACACGGCAGAGAAAUUGAAACAGUUAGAGCACCGUGUUUUGCCUUUGACUUCUUUCUCCACUCCUGAAAUAAAUGAAACAGUAAAAUCUCCUUCGACAGAGAAUACAAUUACCAAAGACCAACCGGAGAUACCGCUAUAUAAUACAAUGUUGGGUGAAGAAAUGCCAUAUGAAGCGAAUAAUUACCCCUCAAGUGACAUCAUGGGCAAUACACAAUGUAAAGCUGAGGUAAAUUGUAUGGAUAGGGAGGAGGAAACAUCACAAAACACCACACCCAAGAAAAAACCUCCUGUGCUAUCAAAAAAGCCCAAAUUUCCCCUUGUCUCCUCAGUCAAAUCUGAACUUAUUGUAGAGGACAAGGAGAUACUGGCCAGUGAGGAGGAUUCUUUAUUUCAAGCGUUUUCAAACGAUCCAAUAGAGGUGACUGUUUGUGCACCUAACCCAGAAGUUCAGGAAUCCUUGUCUGAUGAGGAGGUAGAGAAGGAUGACAGAGUUUCUAAUGAGAGCUCCACAUGUGAAAGUCCAGCUGAUAGUCAGGCUGAAGAAGCCUUCCAUAUUCCCUUCAGUCAGGAAGCAUCUCAAACUGUUAACGAUGAAAUGGACAGUUCAGAAGAAGAAGAGGAAGAUGAGCGAGAAGACGAUGAAGAUGCAUUAAGCAAUACAGCACGAUCAGUCUCCUUCAAAGAUGAGGGUGAAGUAUUCGAGUCCAGCACAUCAAACUCCCCACAGACCCCCAGCGUUAACGGUGAUAUCUUUGAAGGCAUGGUGACUCCCACACGGUCCCGUACCACAGAGGACCUCUUUGCAGCAAUUCACAGGUCUAAGCGCAAGGUCCUGGGUCGUAGGGAGUCGGAGGAUGAGCGCACGAGGGGUCACUCAUCACCUCCAGCCACACCAACAGGACCGGCUCCUUCCCUCAGCUCAACUCUGCCUCGUCAGACCAGUUCUAUCCAGCGCAGUCUGCGCAAAUCAGCCACCAGCAGUGACACCUUUAAAGCACUGCUGCUGAAGAAGGGCAGCCGCUCAGAAGGCAGUUUCCGCAUGUCCGCUGCUGAGAUGCUACGCACAACUGACCCAAGAUCCCAGAGGACUCGAUCUCUCGACUCUUCUCUGGAUCCGAAUUCACCUACAGUAAGUCCGGACAGCCCCUGCGCUUCCCCUGGACGCUGCAAGAGGGCACCAGAGGACUGGCCCAGGAACGAGGCCAUAUUGCAACGUUACUCUCUGGGUUCCCCCUUGUCCCCUUCUUCGUUUCUGGGGCCAAAAUACGGCCGAUCCCGCACACCACCCUCUGCUUCCAGCAGCAAGUACAACUCCCGAAGUCGAAUCCUAAGCAGCCCUAUGACCGUCAUCUGUGAGAGAGAGGGAGAGUUAACUGAGAGCGGAGAGGCGCCAGAUGAACUAUGCCCCGUUUCCCCUUUAGUUUCCUCCACCCCAAUUCCUCAAGACUCAAAUGGCACUUUAUGUGAGGGGGAGAGUUAAAAUUUAAAUACAUUUUUCCUCGACUAAGGGAAAAACAGAACUUCAUCAAAGUAGCAGAGAAUGGCCAGUAGCAGAGGACCAUUGGAGGGCAGACAGGGGAGCUGGUAAUCUGUCUGUCCCUUGGUCAAGGCUUCAGGCCUCGCUGCUGAAAUCUGGUUGUAUGGUAGGAGAUAUGCCGAGAACCACAAGGUGCCUCCUUCAGACGCAUUUGUGUCCGAAGUAGAUCCCAUUUCUGUCACUGCUCCUGAGUAUGUCACAUCUGUACUAUAUUUGUUCCUGCUGUUCAUGAGAAAGUGCUUUCCUUUACAUUAGUACACCUUUUUCCACAAAACAUUGGUUCCAUUUGUUUUUGUUUUGUAUUCACCUCCUCAACUUUAUACUGGGAAUGUGGAAUAAGGACUGAUUUCUCAAUGGAAAUCAGAGAUGAAGGAUUUGUAAAACAGUUCAUCCCCGUUGACUAGUGGAUAGAUUGGCUUUGCUUUGUGGAACGCUCAGAAUGUUCACGAGGUUGUAGUCCAGUCCAUCUGCAGUAAUGCACAGGAAUUGCAAGUUGGACAAUUGUUUGGAAAUGUAUGGUCAAUUCCAGCUGCACAGACACAAUGUCAAGAAGUCAUGUAAAAGGGUUUCUGCUCACUCCUGAGAUUCACUGGUUAAGGGAAAGUGGAAAACCGGUCCUACAAGAACAGUAUAACAUACAGAAAGACUGCUAAAGCCACACAACUGGGCUGCAGACUGAGAGGCUCCAGAAGAACCUUUUCUGUUGGAUUUUUAGUGUGUAGGUUUGCACUGUGUUCAUGUGUUUUUUUAUUUGUCUGUUGGUCGUUUAAAAUAUUCAGCCUGUGUUGCUUGUGAUGGCUUUCCAUACAAACUGAGAACCUACUUAAACCAAGUGACGUCUGUUUCGUUUGGAAUGGUUUUAUUAACCAAAGAGUUUAAAGUAUAAAUGUCACCUGCUGUAGGGACUCUGAGUAGCUUAGAUGUUUACUGGACUGGGAGCAAUAAAUAUUCAUCUGUAAACCGAUGCUAAAGCUUUUACACUUCUUCUUUACUAACCUCUUUACAUCAAAUCUCUCCUGCAGUUUCAUACCAUUUUUUUUGUAUAUAAACAAAAAAUAUUAACAUCUGGAUUUUUAUUUUCAAAGAAUUUGUACACCAUUGUUAGAGGCUUUCUUUUGUAGAGUAUUUAUUAUAGAUUAGAGUCUGAGAUGAUUUAUUUGGGAGGGAUUUUACAGCUCAGCAGCUCAGUUUCUAAUUAUUUCAUAAGAUUUGUAUCAGUUUUCCAUUCAUGAUCAGAAUCUGUUUCUUAGGCCUUCAUAAAGUCUCCUACUUUUUCUUUCGAGGCAGAAAAACCAAAAUCAAAAAUGACCGAUGAAGAAGGCUGCUAACCAUCUUGUGUAUGUCUAAUAAAAUUUAAAAAAAAGAUAUUUAAAAAUG